AUGGCAUGGUGGCGGAGACCUGGAUUCACCCCUGUUCAGUCGUGUCCAAAGCCACUCAGUCUCUGCUCUCUUCAGGGAUCCUGUGUGGUGGUUGAAAUUGCCAGGCGCUCAGGUACCCUCAGUAAAGAUGGAGGCGACCUGGACUCACCUCUAGGACUUCAGCUGCCCUCGAAGCCUAUGAUCCUAUCCAUGAAGGCGGAGGGGGUGUCAGAAUCAAAGCCUAAGGAAGAGCGAGUUGUGCCCCGCAUUUACCCUGACACCACGGACCUGCUUCCCUUUGACCUCCCUCCUUACCGCCCAUCUGCUCGCACCCCCUUCGCUUUAGAAGACGAGGCAGCAGCAGAACUUCGUUCUCCAUCAGAAUCCCCCUCCUCCUCCUCCUCUUUGCCUUCCCCAUAUCACAGGGAGAGGGGGAAGGAAACACGACCGCAUAUUGCAGCAGCCUGGAAGAAUGUAAUAGGAUUAGAUGGCUUGGUGACAAGCAGACCUGAUGUUAUUGAUGACACUUUCCCCUUGCAGAGACCGAAUUGGGACACCAACUUUGAACUUGACACAGGGGCAGUAUACUUGGUACUAAAGAAGCCUUUGGGACCUCUCUCUAGUAAGCAAUCCUUAGUCCAAGGAGCUAAUGGAAGUAGCUACCAUUCUUGGACUACUUCCUAAACUAUGGAAUUGGGGAAAGGAGAAAUCAAGCAUUCUUUCCUGGUCAUACCGAACUGCCCCUUACCUCUAACGAGACGGGACUUGCUAACCAAACUCAGAGCCCAGGUAACUUUUGAAGAAACUGGUCCAGAGAUUGCUUUUCUAAAUCCCGAUGUCCAACCACUUACCACCUCUGUCCUGACCAUUAGGGCUGAGGAUGAAUAUAGACUAUUCACAAAUGAUUCCUUGCCACAUGGAAACCAAGACACCGAUUUUUGGUUGAGACUAGUUCUGGGACCUUGGGCCGAAACUGCUGGACUGGGGUUGUAUACCUUGCAGGCUCCAGUAGUGGUAGAGUUGAAAGCUACUGCUGUCCCUGUGCGAGUCAGACAGUACCCCAUGAGUCAGGAAGCGAAGAAAGGCAGAACUCCUCAUAUUCAGAAACUUCUCCAACAGGGGGUCCUAGUACAGUGUCAGUCAGCCUGGAAUACGCUACUACUCUCAGUUAAAAAGCCUGGAACCGGGGACUAUUGGCCAGUACAGGCUAUCCAUCCCACUGUGCCUAACCCAUACAAUCUCCUCAGCAUCUUAAGCCCUGAAAGAAUAUGGUACACCGUACUGGACUUAAAGGAUGCUUUCUUUUGCCUGUCUCUUCAUCCGGCCAGUCAAUCCUUAUUUGCUUUUGAGUGGAGUGAUCCGAAGGCAGAAAUUUCAGGUCAACUAACCUGGACCAGAUUGCCCCAGGGAUUUAAGAACUCCCCUACCAUCAUUGAUGAGGCCUUGCACCAAGACUUAAGUCUCUUCCACAGCCAGCACCCCCAGGUUACCUUGCUACAGUAUGUGGACGAUCUUUUAAUUGCAGGAAAACUGAAGAGGAUUGCAAGCAGGCCACUUGCUUGA